AUGUCCUUGAACGACGCGUUAAUGGUAGGACCUACAAUUCAAGACACGUUGUUCUCGCAUUUAAUUCGAUUCCGCACAUAUAAUUAUGUCAUCACGACAGACAUCGAAAGGAUGUAUCGCCAGGUGUUAUUGCACGAGGAUGAUCGCCGUUAUCAGAGAUUCCUCCGGUGCGUGGAUGGUAGAGUUAAAACGUUUCAGCUUAACACGCUUACAUUCGGUGUUUCGCCUUAUUCCUUCCUCGCGAUUCGAGUUUUACAGAAACUUGCGGAGGACGAACGUCAUACGUAUCCUCGAUCGGCCGAGAUUCUUACCACACAUCUUUAUGUAGAUAAUUUGUUAUCCGGCGCUGAAACGAUUGUGGAGGCGCGGGCCGUCCGUAACGAAAUAAUCGUGUUACUGAAACGGGUGGUUUCUCCAGAAGGCAACGGGCAUCCAACGACGAGCGCGUUAUUAACGAUUUAG